AACUGUCAGACCUGCUCUUCUCUAGCCGGUGGGGAAAGGAAGCAGACUUUGUUCCUAACUCUCCCUGCUUGACACCAACUAGCGUUAGGGACAACGUUAAACCUCUCAAGAGUAUUUUUUACCCUUCUACCCCACAUCAACAGUUAAGGCUCUGAGAAGAGGCGUUUUUGCGACCACCAGGUGACGAUAGCCAUGAAGUGGGGCUGGGUGUUUUUGGGGGUCUUCCUAUCUUUGGGGACCCUGUCCUGGGGGGAGAAGGGCUUGGAGAUCCCUGAGUACGAUGGCAAGGACCGCGUCCAUGAUCUCAGUGCCAAGAACUACAAGUCUGUCAUGAAGAAGUACGACGUGAUGGUGAUCUACUACCACAAAAAUGUGGAUGGGAACCGCAGUGCCAUGAAGCAGUUUCAGAUAGAAGAGCUGGCUUUGGAGUUGAUCACAAGUCAAGCAGCAAUUAUCUUUCAGCUUGCAGCCCAAGUUCUGGACGAUCUUGAGGAUGAGGACAUUGGAUUCGGCCUGGUCGAUGAAAAGAAGGACUCUGCUGUUGCCAAGAAGCUGGGUCUGGAUGAGGUAGAGAGCAUCUACAUCUUUGCCGACAAUGAGAUCAUCGAGUACGAUGGAGAGCUGGCCGCCGACACCCUGGUUGAGUUCCUCUAUGAUGUGAUUGAAGACCCUGUGGAGAUCAUUGACAACGAGCGUGAGCUGAAGGGUUUCCACAACAAUGAUGAGGUCAUCAAGCUGGUUGGCUAUUUCAAGAGCGAGAAAUCUCCUCACUUCAUUGAGUAUGAUGAUGCUGCUGAGGAGUUCCACCCCUUCGUCAAAUUCUUUGCCACAUUUGACCCCAAGAUUGCCAAGAAGCUGAAGCUGAAGAUGAAUGAAGUUGAUUUCUAUGAACCAUUCAUGGAGGAACCUGUCACCAUUCCAGGAAAGCCCUACAUUGAGUCUGAGCUUGUUGAAUACAUUGAACAGCACGACAGGCCCACUCUGAGGAAGCUUGAGCCUCACAGCAUGUAUGAGAUCUGGGAAGAUGACAUUGAUGGAGAGCACAUUGUUGCCUUUGCUGAGGAAGAUGACCCAGACGGUUUUGAAUUCCUGGAAAUCCUGAAGGAGGUGGCACGCGAGAACACUAACAACCCCAACCUCAGCAUCAUCUGGAUCGACCCUGACAAUUUCCCCCUGCUGGUGCCAUACUGGGAGAAGACCUUCCACAUCGACCUCUCUUCCCCUCAUAUUGGUGUGGUUGAUGUUGAGGAUGCCGACAGCGUGUGGAUGGAAAUGGAUGACGAAGAUGACAUGCCCACAGCUGACGAGCUCGAGCAGUGGAUUGAGGAUGUUCUGUCUGGAAAGAUCGACCCAGAUGAUGAUGAUGAGGAGGAGGAUGAUGAUGAUGACGACGACGACGAUGACGAUGACGACGAUGACGACGACGACGACGACGACGACGACGACGACGAUGAUGACGACGAUGAUGACGAUGACGAUGAUGACGACGACGACGACGACGACGAUGAUGAUGAUGAUGAUGAUGAUGAUGAUGAUGAUGAUGAUGACGACGACGACGAUGAUGAUGAUGAAUAACUGUUUACUACCAUCUUUCACUUCACUAUGAUUGAGCCAGUAAUGGCAAAACCCAAAAGUAGCACCAGUUUUUUUUUUUUUCGAACAUCUUGCAGCAAACACACUUUGUGUCUGUUUGCUUCCUGUAUGGUUUCCUGUAAGGGACAAACAUAAUGACCCUAUGGGUAACUUUUACUGUCAGUCAGGGAAGGAGAUUUUCAAAGAAGCAGAGGAUCUCUGUUAAUGAACAGGGUUGCAGCUUAAAAUGUUGCUUUAUAUGUUCUUUGUUACUGUAUUACAAUGUGCUAAUCUCUCACCUCUGAGGUUCACAAUGCAUGUGAGCAAAGAGGCUAACAGAGGCUAACUUCCCUGUCAGUUUCUACCUAAUGUCACAGACCGGGGUUCACCCCUUUCUCAUUUUCUCCAAUUUACUGUAAUCCUGUUUCAAUGACAUGUUUUCUACUUGAUGAAGAGAAGAAACAAACACUUUCUUGUACUAUUUUUAAAGAAAAUAAACCUAAAUUCACUGGACAGUCUUAAGAUUAUUAUAAUCUUGGAAAACUAUUAAGGUACUGAGUAAUAAAACAUUCUAAUAAUAAUUUGUUUCUGCUCUCAUGUUAAAAAUGAAAGACAAAAUUAUUUGGAAACUAA